CGAACCAAAACAGGGCCUCUUCUUUUCCCUUUUUCUGUCCCAAUCUCCCAAACUAGGUAUUAUAAAAAUAAAAAUAAAAAAACUAGGAGUAAAGAAUCCCAAAGUGGAGCAACUGCUCUGAAUUUGAGGGAUGAUGGGUGCGACCCUACCAUGGCAGCAUCUUGUACCUUCAAAACCCAUUGGUCUAUGUCCAGCCCAGAACCACAAGCAAUUCAUUCCUCUCCAUUGCCAAGUUUCCAAAAUACAGGCCUUUAGGCGCAGCGACUUUGAUGUUUUUGCUCGGCGCAUAACUUCCGGCGAGGCCUGGAGGGACGCCUGGCGGAGGGCCAAUGAUGGCUUCGAGCAGCUCCUCUACGAGACCAAGAAGACCGCCGAGCGCCUAGACCGCCAAUACUCCGUCUCUCGCCGCCUCUCCGCUGUCACUCGUUCUGCUGCCGACCGCGCCCGGGAAAUCGAUCGUGAAUUCGAGCUCACCCAGCGCUGGCGGACUUUUUCUCUCGAUUUCAGUAGGAAUUGGCCGAGGAACAGAAAGCAGUUCAUUGAUUUUCUUGACACUCCACUGGGAAAAAGUUUUACCACAAUUUUCUUCCUGUGGUUUGCUCUUUCUGGAUGGCUGUUUCGUUUCCUGAUAUUUGCAACGUGGGUGCUGCCAUUUGCUGGUCCUCUUUUAAUAGGGGCUGUCGCCAACAAUCUUGUCAUCAAGGGAGCAUGCCCUGCAUGUAGGAGACAGUUUGCUGGAUAUAAAAACCAGACGGUUCGUUGUGCAAGUUGUGGAAAUAUAGUAUGGCAGCCUCAAGGUGACUUCUUUUCAAGAGGGAGCCAAGGUUCGAGUUCCUCUUCAAAGUCUGAACACGAUGUAAUUGAUGUUGAGUUCGAGGAGAAAUGAACUUCGAAUACCAAGUGGCUCCUCUGAGGGUAUCUUUACUGAUGAUGUCUUCCAAAACUAAGAUUGAUUUUCAGAUCUUUCAACUAUGAAUUAAAAAUACCAGGUGGCCAGACUCGGUCUGCAUCCACUGAGGAUGUCAUGCAAAAAUAUUUAAGGAAUUCAAAUGUUUUAGCUGUGUAUUUAGUUGUGCUUGGCAAAAAUUCUUCCUCCUCUUCCUAUAGUUGUGCAUUGUGGUCUCUGUAUGGUCAGUGUUGCUAUUUCUGUAGGUGUAAAAAAGUGUUUAGAAGAAAGGUGAUGAAUGCAUAAAUUGACUGUUCACAACAACUGUCCUUGUGGACCAUGUCACUGUUCCAUUAAAGCGGGGAAUAGUCUUUUUGAGUUUUUCAAUUUUGAUAAAUACGUCUUGCUUAUUCAUUUCUA